AUGGAAGAAAGCGGGCGGCCGAGUUUCCGAUCUGGCGGCGGAGAAAGGAGGCUGGAAAUAGUGAGCGGAAGAGGCUACUACUCCUCCUAUAACCUCGCCAACCAAAUCUACCCGCCGACGAGUUUCCCUCACGAUUCGCCGCCGGUUCGCAUCGACGCCACUCCGCCGCCGCCGGCGAAGCCGUGGGGAUUCGGCGGCCCGCGGAUGAAUCGGCGGAAGCGGAUAGCGAGAUACAAAGUCUACACUGUUGAAGGUAGGGUGAAAGCUUCGUUGAGAAAUGGUUUGCGCUGGAUCAAAAAUAAGUGCUCUCACAUCAUUCAUGGCUACUGA